AUGCGAAAGCUGAUUAACUUAAAGCAUCUUUAUACUUACCUCUCUGGUAGUGUAAAAUUACCAGAAGAGAUUGAGAGAUUAACAAGUCUGGAAAGACUAGAUUAUGUUUCUGUCAGAAGAGGCCAUGGCUAUGGUGACACUGACAACAAUGAAACAACAUUUAAGUUGGGAAGUUUGAGAGAAAUGAACCAGCUUCGAGGGAGUCUUUGUAUAAAUGGGUUGAGUGAUAUAAACACUGUGAGUGAGGCUAAAGAGGCACAAUUGGUGAAGGAACUCCUGGUCGAGUUGAAUCUGUCUUUCUCAGUAGAUAAAAAUUAUGAGAAAAUAUGGAGGGAUGGACAAAUCCUGAAUGCCUUACAACCACAUCCAAAUUUGGAAGAGUUAACCAUCCUGCAUUACCAUGGCACCAACUGGCAUGUCGAAUGGAUGCUGUCGUUACAUAAUUUGAGGUGGCUAGCUCUUGAAACCAAUUUCUUUUGUGAGUUUUUGCCUCCUUUGAGGAAUUUUCCGUCCCUUGAGAUUUUAGAAAUAAGUUGGAUGCUUGGUGUGAAAAAGGUGGGAGUUGAGUUUUUAGAUGUGCAGGAGCAAACAUCAUCAUCAUCUUCAUUCCCGAAAUUGAAACAACUUUGUUUUAAAGAUGUCCAGUGGGAAGAACGGGAAGGAGGAGCAGAGCAUUCUGAAAUUACAAUAAUGCAAUCUCUUUCCUCCUUAACAUUGUGGAACAACCUUAGCUGA